AGACUAUUCGAAAGCACUUUCAUCUCACGGAAAAGCACUUGAAAUUCAACAAAAAGCUCUUCCUUCAAAUCAUCCUGAUUUGGCUACUUCAUACAACAACAUCGGUUUGGUGUAUGACAGCAUGAAAGAGUAUUCGAAAGCACUUUCAUAUUUAGAACGUGCUCUGUACAUCAGGCAACGUGCAUUACCUCUAACUCAUCCUGAUAUAAAAACUACGAAAGAGAGUAUUGAAAUUGUAAAAGAAGAGAUUAUAAAAAAUAAGUGA